AUGAUCAGUAACAGUGAUCACUGUAUGGCGCCAAUGGCAGCUGUCCAUGCCCCAGCUAGUAGUACUACUGGUGGCGUUUCUAGAAAGAAUACUCUUUCAAAAAUGGCAAAAUUGUUUGGUGCAGGUAACAGCACAAAAAAUUUACAACACCAGCAGCAACAAAAUCACCAUCAUCUUCAUCAAGAAAACAGUAAUGGUAAAGUACGAACCGAUGCUGCGAAAAGUGAAUAUUAUCAAUCAACACCAGCUCUAAUGCCUAAUGGUAAGAGCCCGUUAUCACCGGCUUCUUCCACUUCAUCUAUUGCAUCAUCAGUUUCUGCAGUUUCCAUUACAUCAAAUUCACCGAGCGCUGCAACUACUCCUGGUGCUACUGGCGCAGCACCAUCUUUGGGUUCUUCUAAAAUACGAGAUCAUAAUAAUGUUAACGACCCUACAAUUUCUCAUACUUCAAGUCUAUCGAACAUUUCAAGUGCCUACAGUGGCUCUGCAACAAAUUUAGCAUCUUUCCAAGGACCAUCAGGUAGAUUUGUUGUUCAUGAAGAUGGUACUCAUGAACACCAUUUGAAAAAUACUAAACGCCAAGAAAAGUUAACUAGAAUGAUUAAAAGUAUGGCAGUAUCUCAAAAAGUUAGAGGCCAAGCAAAAUCAGCUGUACCCGAAAUUAUGAUAGAGAAUAAAGGUAAUCAACAAAACCAACAAAACCAACAAAAUCAACAAGGUCAACAACAACGUUUGGAUCCUCCAACUCUGUUUGCAGGUCUUAUCAAACAGAUGGGAUCAGUUAAUGAGUCGGAACGUGAAAAUACUCCAUUCAGUGGCGCAUCCUAUGGCCCUGAUAAAAGGCUUUACACUCCUUCCUUGGUGGGUGCAGCCGCAACACCAGGAGCAACCACUACAAAUAAUUCAACAGCGGCCAUUGCAAAAAGAGAUUCCCUCUGUUUGGCUGAAAAAUAUGGAAGAUGCCAAGAAGUCCUUGGUAAGGGUUCAUUCGGUGUUGUUAGAGUUUGUCAUAAGAAAACAAUGAAUUCAGCUGGUAAUGGUAAGGGUGAAGUUUUAUACGCGGUUAAAGAGUUUAAAAAGAAACCUUCAGAACCUGCAGAAAAAUAUGCUAAAAGAUUAACAUCAGAAUUUUGCAUUUCAUCUUCAUUACGUCACAUUAAUAUUAUUAUGACUUUAGAUCUUUUCCAAGAUGUUAAAGGUGAUUAUUGUGAAGUUAUGGAAUAUUGUGCAGGGGGUGAUCUUUUCACUUUAGUCAUUACUGCUGGUAAAUUGGAAUAUUUGGAAGCUGAUUGUUUUUUCAAACAACUCAUUAGAGGUGUCGUCUACAUGCAUGAUAUGGGAGUUUGCCACAGAGAUUUGAAACCUGAAAAUCUGCUUCUAACAUCUGAUGGUACUUUAAAGAUUAUUGAUUUUGGUAAUAGUGAAUGCUUUCAAAUGGCUUGGGAGAAAGAUAUUCAUUUAAGUGGUGGUGUUUGCGGUUCAAGCCCUUAUAUCGCUCCUGAAGAAUAUACUCAAGAGGAGUUCGAUCCACGUCCUGUUGACAUUUGGGCGUGUGGUGUAAUUUAUAUGGCAAUGAGAACGGGUCGUCAGCUAUGGAAAGUUGCCCAAAAGGAAGAUCCAUUCUUCGCCAAAUAUUUGAGGAAAAGAAAGGAAAAGGGUGGUUUUGAACCAAUCGAAAACUUGAAGAGAGCCAGAUGUAGAAACGUGAUUUAUUCCAUGCUAGAUCCCGUAGCAUCUAGAAGAAUCAACGGGAAGCAGAUUUUAAACAGUGAAUGGGGGAGAGAAAUUAAAUGUUGUAAUGACGGGCAUUCCCUCGACUGA